AUGGCUGGAGCGAAGAACCGACGUCAGGGUACGGCGGCCGCCGCGCCUGGGCUUCAGGGGCAACCCCACGAGCAUGCGCCGACCGUCAACGGGAACGGGAGCGCACACGUCGUUGAGAAGGAUGAGCGGAAAGAGGAGGAGGAGGAACCAAAGGAGAAUAUCUUUCUCUUUUGGCCAAACAUCAUCGGCUACUCCCGCAUCGUCCUCGCGAUCGCCUCGCUCUACUACAUGCCACUACACCCACGCACAUGCUCGCUCCUGUACAGCAUUUCCUGCCUGCUAGACGCGCUAGACGGGUACGCGGCGCGCUACUUCGAGCAGUCGACGCGUUUCGGCGCCGUGCUCGACAUGGUGACGGAUCGAUGCACGACCUCGUGCCUGCUGGUGUUCUUGUCGUCGGCCUUCCCGCGCUGGGCGAUCCUGUUCCAGGGCCUGAUCGCGCUGGACUUUUCUAGCCACUACAUGCACAUGUUUGCGACGCUCGCGAUGGGCGGGAACAACACCAGCCAUAAGAACGUGGAUAAGUCGCGGAGCUGGAUUCUGUCGCUUUACUACACCAACAAGACCGUCCUCUUCAUCGCCUGCGCCCUCAACGAAGCCUUUUUCAUCGCCCUCUACCUCCUCUCCUUCUCCUCCCCCCUCCUCUCCCCCUCCCUCCUCGAGACCGUCCCUGACCACGCAGCCGAAGCCAUCCACCGCGGUGCCCAGGUCAACUCCUCGCUACUACGCCACCUCUUCUCCAACCCGCACAGCGCCGGUGCCCUCGAGCUCGCCCGCGCCAACAAGAUGGAUAGCUUCUGGCCUUGGGUCUUUGCGGGCGUUAGUUUCCCUGUUAUGGCACUUAAGCAGAUUAUCAAUGUGGUGCAGUUGGUGAAGGCGAGUCGGUGGUUGGCGGAGGGGGAUGUGGCAAUGCGGAAGGCGCAGGGGUUGCCGAGGAAGAGGAAGACUGCUUGA